GCAACCUCCAACUUGCUGGCAUGCGUUCCUAGUUUUCUUGACAACGAGAAAUACAAUUGUUCACUGGGAAACUCGGGGAAGCAGCACGCGGCCUCACGCAAAGACCAAUGUGUCAAUUCUGGAAUCUCAGGGACGCUGGUCGAUUUCGCGGGGAAAGUCUGCAACGGUUUAUUCCCCCGCAAUUUCACAAACGCACGGAAUCCGGUCCCAAAGCAAGGGGGGCCGGGUUGAUGAUUCUCUUGUCCAAAGUACGAGUCGUCGAAUAGCAGAGCUUUCCGUGGGAUUUGAGUAUCCGUAUGUCAGCCAUCUAGGUAAUCUGGCUGACGAACUCUUGCCGCCCACUCGCCCACUCUCUCGUCCCUCGUCCGUGGUAAGGCCAUCUACCCAUCCCCAUCCCCAUCCCAUUCCAUUUCCCAGGUGCCGGUGUCACCGCCCACGAUCGCGGGGGGGCCAAAAGAUAAGGACCCUGGUCCAAUCAUCGUAGGUUCCGGGUCUCAGUCGAGGUGAACUGCUUUCAACUCGACGAGGUCGAGCCCUCGGCCUGACUCCGGGGUCGGUGCUGAUGCUCCGCCCUUUGCCACCAUAUAUCCCGCCUCCGUCUUCCCAUCUUCUCGUUGUUGUUUCUCUCUUUCAGUCCAACCGGCUCUUGACUCUUCAUCUCUCUCUCUUCUCUCUUUCUUCAACCGAAGUUAGACCUGUUCAACCCGGUCCGUCCUGUUGUGCGUCCGUGUGUGCUUGUCCCAUACAACGCCCUCAACUCCAACGACAACCAUCUCGCCUUUGACAUCAUCCCGUCAAAGCUUCCUCCCCUCCUCCUCCUCUUCCUCCGCCCGGGCCCCACGCCACACACAAAACUUGGACUAGAGACCAAAAAACCACACUCUCUCCAACCUUCACACACAUACACGAAGCCCAUCAUGGAUCACGACCAGAUUAGACAACAGCAGGCUCAUGCCGCCGAGAACAAGGACACCAAGUCCUCUGACGGCGCCGCCGUCGCCCCUCAAUUCUCCCGCGAUGCCGUCUUCCCCGGCGAAGUAGUCGGCGAGGUCACCGACCUCAACCGCCAGGACCUCGAAAAGCAGAAGGCUGCCCAGGGUAGCGCCCACUUCCACCGCCUCGGCUGGAAGCGUCUCACCGUCGUCCUCAUCGUCGAGGCCAUCGCCCUCGGCAGUCUGUCUCUCCCCGCCGCCUUCGCCUCCCUCGGUAUGGUCGCCGGUGUUAUCCUUUGCAUUGGUCUCGGUCUUGUGGCUAUCUACACCAGUGACGUCGUCGGUGCGGUCAAGAUCAAGUUCCCUCACGUAUCGCACUACGCCGACGCAGGUCAGCUCAUGUUUGGCCGCUGGGGUUACGAAAUCAUCGGUGCCAUGUUCGCGCUUCAGUUGACGUUCCUGGUUAGCUCUCACACCCUCACCGGCGCCAUCGCUUUUGGCAACAUCACCAACGACGGCGCGUGCUCCAUUGUCUUUGCCGUCGUCUCCGCCAUUAUCCUGCUGAUUCUUGCCAUCCCCCCUUCCUUUGCCGAAGUCGCCAUCCUGGGAUACAUUGAUUUCGUCUCCAUCAUUCUCGCCAUCGGCAUCACCAUCAUCGCGACCGGUAUCAACAGGGGUGAGAUCACCACCGCUCCCUGGUCCGCCUGGCCCAAGGAGGGCAUCACCUUCGCCGAGGCCUUCAUCGCCAUCACCAACAUUGUCUUCGCCUAUAGCUUUGCCAUUUGCCAGUUCUCCUUCAUGGAUGAGAUGCACACCCCGACCGACUACAAGAAGUCUAUCUGGGCCCUUGGUCUGAUUGAGAUCUUCAUCUACACCUUCACUGGCGCCCUCAUCUACGCCUUUGUCGGCCAGGAUGUCAAGUCCCCUGCCCUGCUGUCCGCCGGUAACACCAUUUCCAAGAUUGCGUUCGGCGUCGCCCUGCCCGUCAUCUUCAUCUCGGGAUCCAUCAACACCACCGUCGUCGGCCGCUACAUCCACGGUCGUGUUUACAAGGACUCCAUCAUCCGCUUCAUCAACACCAAGAUGGGCUGGAUCACUUGGCUCGGUCUCAUCACCGUCAUCACCAUCAUCGCCUUCAUCAUCGCCGAAGCUAUCCCCUUCUUCUCCGAGCUUCUGUCCAUCAGCUCCUCGCUCUUCAUCUCCGGCUUUACUUUCUACUUCCCUGCCCUGAUGUGGUUCAUGCUCAUGCGCGAGGGUUCCGUCUUUGCCAAGGAGAACCUCAUGAAGACUGCGCUCAACGGCCUUGCCUUCAUCAUCGGCAUUGUUGUCCUGGUUUGCGGUACCUACGCCAGUAUUGUUGAGAUUGACCUCAAGUUCAAGACUGGAAAGAUCAGCAGCCCCUUCACCUGCGCUUCCCUCGCUUAAAUACCAAUCUCGUCGAAUUUGUAGUUUUGAUAGUGCAGAUAAUAAUACCC